AUGUUCUUAAAUGGUUUUAUAUACAGGCAUAAUGGGAAAAAAAAUGGAAUCGCUUACUAUAAAUGUGCGAAAUCUACGGAGUUCUUUUGUGAUGGAACUGCUAGGAAAAACGUUGAUGGUACAUUUUCUGAAUUAAAACCACAUUCAAGAGCACACAUUGCAAAUAGAGACGAUGAAUCAAAUCUGAUUGUUUUAUUUAGAGAUGCAUUGAAGGAACGAUCUAAAAAUGAAAACAUCUCAUUGAAACUAAUUUAUGAUAAUGAAGCACAAAGACACAGAGUUGCUGCUGGUCUUUAUCCCUGGUCAACUGCAGAAAGUAUAAUGCGCUCUGUUAGGAGAUCUUCCCUACCAGCUCUGCCUCAAUCGUUGCAUGAGUUAGCUGUCAAAUUCGAUAAUGGAGAUUUAUCAAGAUAUAUGUGUUGCAACAAUUCCAUAUUUAGUGGAUCAGUUAGAGAUUCUGAUGGUAAAUACAGUGUUAUAUUAGCAUGUAGACACUUAAUUAAUUUAGUUCUGUCACAUGGCAUAACCGAGGUCCACGCGGAUGCUACAUUUAAAGUAGUACCUGCUAAUAUGGGCAGUCAACUGCUGAGUAUUCAUUUUAUGAUGGAUAAUGUAUCGAUACCAAUAGCCUAUGCGCUAAUGGAAACUAAAUCAAGAAACUCGUAUCAAUGCGUGAUGGAUUAUAUGAAAAACAAUUUAUUUCCCAACUUAUCGCCGUCAUUGAUAAUGACUGAUUUUGAACCAGCACUUAGAGAUGCAUUAUCUUCUAGUGUAGGUGUUGAAGGGACACGUGUCUUAGGGUGUUGGUUCCAUCAUAAUCAGGCAGUAUGGAAAAAAAUGAAAUCAUUAAAUUAUUUAGAAACCGUUAAUUCAAAUGCAUAUGCUUUGAAGACCUUAAAAAUUCUAAUGUGUUUGCCAUUAUUACCCAGUGCAGAAAUUGAACAAGGUUUUCUACUGACUAAAGCAUAUGCUAUCCACCACAACGUUCCAUUAACUAACCUGUUUGAAUAUUACCAAAAGUUGAUAAAAAGGGCUGUUGAACAUCAUGAAGCAGGUCUAUUAAGUGUAUGGCAAUUUCUAGUGAAAUGUUCAUACUCAUGUGCUGGCUAUGAAAGAAGGCAAAGACAUUGGGCACUUGGUAAUGAACAUGAUCAUGAGUCAAAUGAUGAUGUUUUGCAAGACGACUUUGUUGAACCAGGUCCAGAAGUACCACAAAAUGCACCAGAAGUAGUACACAAUCCAAGGAAUUGUAUGGUUUGUUUAACUACUACUCCUGGUGAAAAUGUAGCUCAACAUAUAGUGUUGCCUUGUGGUCACGCCUGGGUGUGCGAAACAUGCGUUUCAGUGUUGGAUGGUCAACAUCGUAGAACGUGCCCAGUUUGUCGAGGAGAUGUACUUCGUUUUCAAAGAAUCUGUGCUCCUGGAUAUGUACGCAGACAACAAGGUUCCUGGUUAGGACAAUGUUACAAAGAAGAUACAGAAAUCUGUCCAGUAGGAAUGUAUGGAUCACCACCGAGAGGAAUACCGUGUAGACAUUGUCCUUGUCCAUUAACAUCAUCUGGCAAUCAAUUUGGUAAAGGUGCGAACAAUGUGCCUCUGGAUAUUCAGGAAAUCCUUUACAACCAAGAGAUUAUUGCAAACAAGGUAUAUGUGAUGCAGUUGGUUCAACGGGGUUCAAUGGUUUCACCAUUCCCUGAUGAGAGUACUGGAAAAUGUGUCUGCAAGGAUUAUACAACUGGUGAUUUAUGUAACCAAUGUAAGGCUAACACGUUCAACAUUGCACCAGAUAAUCAAUUUGGUUGCAUCAGCUGUUUCUGCAUGGGUCUAUCCAAUCAAUGCACCAGUUCUAGGCUGUAUAGACAAGAACGUAAAAACUUUGUUCCGUUACCAAAUUUAGAAGUGGACUCAAGUACAAGAGAACUUAUUUACAGAGACUUUCCACCAGGCAGUCAAGAAGUCUAUUAUUGGCAAUUACCUCCACGGUUUCUGGGAAAUAAAAUAACUUCAUAUGGUGGUUCUCUAAGUUACAUCUUAAGACAUGUUCCAGUUCCAGGUGGUCAAUCUUCCAAAAACAGUGCACCAGAUAUCGAACUUAUAAGUGAAAACAAAAUCCGUUUAUUGCAUUAUAGUCGUGAAAACGUUGAACCAAAUACUUUAAAAACCACUUCAGUUAAGCUAUUAGAACAAAAUUGGCAACGACCAGAUGGUCAGGUUGCAGAUCGCAAACAUUUAUUAAUGGCAUUAGCUGGUUUGAAAUCCAUACUAAUUAAAGCAACAUACACAACUGGUACUAAAGAAUCAGUAACGCUUGAGAUCACUGAUUCAUUCAAUACCGGAAAAAAUAGAGCUGUUGAAGUGGAAGAAUGUUUGUGCCCAGAAGGUUACAAAGGUCUGUCUUGUGAAGAAUGUGCUGUUGGCUACACGAGAAAUGGCCAAGGCCUCUAUUUAGAAAUCUGCGAACAAUGCACAUGUAACGGUCAUUCAAAUCAUUGUGAUCCUGACUCGGGAAUUUGUUUUAACUGUCAAAAUCAUACAACAGGAGAUACAUGUGAUGUGUGUUUACCUGAUUAUACAGGUAACCCACUAAAAGACAUACCAUGUGAAGCCAAUGAAGAGAUUUCGGCCUGUGAUUGUGAUUCUCAGGAUACUUUACUGCCUUGUCAAGACAAUAGAUGUGUUUGCAAAACCAAUGUCGAAGGACCUCGUUGUGACCGUUGUAGACCUGGUACAUUUGACUUAUCAGAAAAUCAUGUAGAAGGAUGUUUAGAGUGUUUCUGUUCUGGAGUUUCCCAAAACUGUUAUCCUUCCAAUUUAUUUGUUACUCAAAUUCCAAUGCAGUUAUUUGGACAAAGUCACGGUUUUACUUUAACUGAUAGUACUAGAAAUAGGUUCAUUAAAUCUGGAUUUUCAACUGACGUGUCUAGAAAUGAAAUUGGCUAUGACUAUACACCUAAUCGCGGUGAACAACUAUUUUGGUCGUUGCCAUCUUCUUUUACAGGAAAUAAGGUUACAUCCUUUGGAGGUUUCCUUAACUGGACCCAACGCUAUACCACUUUUCCAGGGUCCACAAUACGUGAUGACACCGACAUAAUACUUGUUGGAAGUGGAAUAUGGUUAUUUAAAUCAAACGAUAAAAAAGUUCUGCCAGGCGAAACAACUGUACUAAAUACUCAUUUAGUAGAAAAAGGUUGGCGUCGAUUAAUUUCCUCAGGACCACAACCAGCAUCAAGAGCUGAACUUAUGAAAGUACUUUCGUCUAUUGAAGCCAUCCUAAUUCGUGCGAUACAUGCUUCUCAGACUAAUAGAACAUACCUCAGUGAUGUGAGUUUAGAUACAGCUAUUGAAUCUGAGACUGGUAGUGAACGAUCAACCAGUGUUGAAAUAUGCAGAUGUCCAGUUGGUCACAGAGGAACAUCAUGUGAAAUGUGUAGGGUUGGAUAUUACAAGGAUACCAAUGACCAAUGCUCAAGAUGCCUAUGUAAUGCUAACGAAGAAAGUUGCUCACUAGGCUCAGACUCAAGAGUAUGUAUAGUUCUCAAUAUAGUAUCAUACCUACCGUUCUCUACAGGUUGCGUCAGCGGUUUUAAAUCGGAAACCCGUACGUACAACUUGAUGAAGGACUCGGUGGACAAACAAGGUUUGGGCACGUGUGAUGUUUGUUCCAACAAUCAAUGUUUGAACCAAGGUAUCUGCCAAGAGGCUCAAACCAGACAGGGGUACACGUGCAUAUGUCAACCCGGCUACAGCGGCGAGUAUUGUGACAAGAUAAGUGAAGUUUGCACGCCGGGAAUCUGUGGGCUCGGUGAAUGUUUGGCUGGACACGAAGAAAUCGAAUGCAAAUGUAAAAUCGGCACUCUCGGGAAGAGAUGCGAACGUUCCGUUGAAAUCGUCGAACCGUAUUUCGGAGGCAAAUCUUAUCUAGCGUACCCGGCACCGACUUCGCAACAGAAACUAACGAUAUCCUUGAAAAUCAAUCCGGCGUCCUUGACUGACGGUGUGAUUCUGUACGCCGCUCAAAACCACCAAGGAAUCGGCCAAUUCAUGUCAGUGACGUUGAAAAACAGACAAGUGGAAUUCCGCUACACCGUGGCCGGUAUGACGUCCAUGCUGCGAAGCAGACAAAAUUUGGAAAUUGGAGAGUGGACUACGAUAACCGUUAGCCGUAACACUGAAACACAGGAAUGCAAAUUGUCAGUCAAUAAAGAAACGCCAAUCAGAUCCAUCGAAAACGGUAAUAUGCACGCCUUGGAACUGAAAACUCACCUGUUUGUGGGCGGUUACGAUUCGUACAAGGUGAAAAUCGCUAAAUCCGUGGAAGUCGAGAACAAUUUCAAAGGAUGCAUAAAAAUGCUCAAAGUGUCCGGAAUGGACUUGGACAUGAUAAGUUCUACAGUGGAUUCCGCUAAUACUGAAGACUGCGUAGUUGCUCGGGGAGACGCCUGUUCUUAUAACCACUGCAAGAAUUACGCGAACUGCCACACCGUGUCCAAACACUACGAAUACGUAUGCGAAUGUGAAAACGGAUUCAGUGGUCCGAAGUGUGACGUCGAAGCGAAGUUGUGUUCGACGCUGAAACCGUGUCUCAACGACGGCAUCUGCACAGACAUCGAUUCGAGCUCGUACAGGUGCGAUUGCCCUCUCGGACAUUCGGGACCGACGUGCAACGAAAAGGUGGUGUUGGACAUCACAGCCAAUUUUAGCGGCAACAGUUACCUGCAAUUGGAAAACAGUCUACUGGACCGGAACAAGAGGGAACAUUCCAUAUCGAUGACGUUCACCACAGAUUCAGCCAACGGUCUGUUGUACUGGCAAGGCCAAGAACCUAACAACGAUGGCGUGGUCGACAAUUACAUCGCCAUCUCGAUCGUCAACGGCUACGUGGAACUGAGUCACAGGUUCCAAGGCAGAUCGACACCAGCAAUCCGAGCCACGGACCACCACGUCAACAACAACGAACCCCACGUGAUAUUGAUCCACGGGAACGGGGCCGAAUGGUCUCUGGAACUGGAUAGGUCGACCACAGAAUACGGUAAAGAACGCGACGUGGACAUCCAACAGCUCUUGGAAUCCACCGAUUUGAUAUAUAUAGGUGGAGUACCGGAAGUCAUACUGACGACGAACGACAACCAUUACAAAGGGUAUGAGGGUUGUAUCGGUGACGUGCGUGUCCAGGACUCAGGAUACGUGAAUCUGGGCCAAAAGUCGUUGUCCGGCAAAAACGUUGCUUCGUGUAACAGACACGACGUCAACAAUAUCAUUCAAAGAAACGAUUAA